CACGUGAUACGUACAUUGUCACAUGAUUUCAAAAUGACGGUCAUCAUUGUUCUGUUCUUUUUAUUUUCUUAUGUCGUGUCUUUGCCAAAUGAGAAAACAAUUACCGUCGCAUAUGAUGAACAACGUCAGAUAUUUCAGUUAACUAAUCAUCCAGUUUCGAACUGGGCAGCAAAAGCGGCGUUCAACAAUAACAUCAACCAGACUGGCUGGGCGUACCUUGACAUUGAGACAAAUCCUGCCCUGGAUAACGAUGUUCAGGCGUAUGCUGCGGGUCUGGCCGAGGGUCAGCUCACCCAGGAGCUGAUAUCUCUACACUGGAGAAACACGGCGUACACAUGUCCAGAACCCUACACACCGUUCUGUCAGAGACUCCGCAACUUUCUCACACAGAACCUCAACUGGGUCAAAUCACAGAUUGAUGCACAUCAAAAUGACCAGUAUUGGGAACAGGUGAAGCUUUUCUACAUGCAGACGGCUGGACUUCAAGAUGGAUAUUUUAAUAACCCCAAGGCACCGCACAUGGACAUUGACAUAUUUGGACUGUAUGUUUUUCAAAUUGGCGGAGACAUGGAAGAUUUGGAACCAGCUCUGAAUAAACCAACAUCGACACGUGUCAGAGGUUCAGGAUCGUGCUCAGCCCUCAUUAAACUGUUGCCAGGCAACAAGGACUUGUAUGUUUCACAGGACACAUGGGACACAUACAAUUCUAUGUUAAGAAUUCUCAAGAAAUAUACCUUUCCUUACACAGUUAACGGCAAGAAUUCAGAUCGUGUUCCAGGUACAACGAUGACAUUUUCAUCUUACCCUGGGACACUCAUGUCGGGUGAUGAUUUUUAUCAAAUUGACUCAGGCUUGGUUUCCUUGGAAACUACAAUAGGAAACAGUAAUGCAGACCGUUGGAAGUAUGUACAGUUUCAAUCAGUGCUUGAAGGAAUUCGGUCUCAGGUGGCUAACAGACUGGCAGUGACAGGCGAACAGUGGGCCUCGACAUUCUCCAACUUCAACAGUGGAACCUACAACAAUGAGUGGCUGAUAGUGGAUUACAAACUGUUUGAACGUGGCAUGAACAGUCUGAAACCAGGAACACUCACAGUGCUCGAACAAAUACCUGGGCUGAUUGUAUUCAGGGAUACCACAUCUGUGCUGGUACAGCAGGGCUACUUUCCAAGUUAUAAUGUAGCGUAUUUCCCUGAAGUGUUCAAUGCCAGCGGAGGACCUGAGAGUGUAAAGAAGUAUGGAGACUGGUUCUCGUAUGAUGGAACACCACGUGCCAAGAUCUUCAAACGAGACCAUGUCAAAGUGGGGGACCUCAAAUCAAUGCAGAAACUAAUGAGGUACAAUGACUUCCAGCAUGAUCCACUUGCCCGGUGUAACUGUACUCCACCCUACAGUGGCGAGAACGGAAUCUCAGCUAGGUGUGAUCUGAACCCGGCCAGUGGGACGUACCCGUUUGGUGCUCUAGGACAUCGGGCACAUGGAGGGACCGACAUGAAGUUAACAUCUUUCGAACUGUUCAACAAUGGGAUGUCUUUCAUUGCUAUUUUAAGUCCAACCUAUGACCAACAGGUGCCAUUCCAGUGGAGUAAAACAGACUUCCCUGUCGAAGAGUUCCCUCGUUUUGGACAUCCAGACCUUUUUAAAUUUCCAACCAUGUUCUUCAAUGGCUCAGCUCCUCUUAAUUCAUAUCCCAUUGAAGUAAUAGCAGUUUAGUUCAAAGAUUUACCAGUUGCUAUGGUGACCAAAUUUCUUUAAUAAAUUUGCACAAUAUAUUCUUUUACCGACGCGAUAUAAUCAUAAAUAAAAUGUGUUGAGUGUGUCGUUAAAUAAAAUAUUUCCAAUAUACUCUUUUUAAUUCAAGGAUAGUCCAGUUGCCAUGAUCACUGUAAAUUAUAUUUUGUUAAAUUAUUUGUAUAAAAAUGUUUGUAUUAUAUAUUGUAUAUUUUUUUAUACCACUGUUGUUAAAAAUGUAUUGCCAUGUAAUAAACUUGAUUUGCCACACCAA